AAGAUAGACAGCUGAGAGAGAGCGAGAGAGAGAGAGAGAGAGAGAGGGCGAGCGAGCGAGCGAGCGAGAGAGAGAGAUCUAAAGCCUUCUCCCUGGAGCUUAUAGCGUGCUACCUAAACUCCAUACGUGCUUUUCAUCGCUUCACAAUCAAAGAUUGUUAGUAUUUCUGUUGGAUUGCGACCUUGGCGAGUGCCUGGAUAGGCCUCCCUUCUGUCACCACCUCUGCUUUUCUGCUGGUACGUUGUCAUGGGGAACCUCCUUAAAGUUUUGACAUGCACAGAUCUUGAACAAGAGCCCAACUUCUUCCUGGAUUUUGAAAAUGCCCAGCCAACAGAAGCAGAACGGGAAACGUGGGAUGAAGUGGAUGUGGUCCUGAAGGAUGCACUGGCAAUACUUGAUGAACUACAGGCAUAUAAAGGCGCGGGCCAAGAGAUACGAGAGGCAAUUCAGAACCCUAAUGAUGAGGCAUUACAGGACCAGGCGUGGGCUGCUGUGGUGCCACUAGUAGGCAAACUAAAGAAGUUCUACGAAUUCUCACAGAGAUUAGAAGCAGCACUGCAUAGUCUAUUGAGAGCACUCACUAGUGAGACAUACGAUGACCCCACACAGCAUCUGGAGAGAGAGCAAGCCCUUGCCAAACAGUUCGCUGAGAUCCUGCACUUCACACUGUGCUUUGAUGAGCUCAAGAUGACAAAUCCUGCCAUUCAGAAUGACUUCAGUUAUUACAGGAGGACCCUGAGCCGCAUGAGGAUCAAUAACGUUCCUGCAGAGGGAGAAAACGAGGUGAAUAAUGAACUGGCCAAUCGGAUAUCUCUCUUUUAUGCUGAUGCCACACCCAUGCUAAAGACAUUAAGUGAUGGCACAACAAAAUUUGUAUCUGAGAAUAAAAACUUGCCCAUUGAAAACACAACAGAUGUAUUGAGCACCAUGGCAAGUGUGUGCAAAGUUAUGUUGGAAACCCCAGAGUAUCGCAGCCGCUUCAGCAGUGAGGAGACCGCUUCCUUCUGUCUGCGGGUCAUGGUGGGGGUCAUUAUCCUCUACGACUACGUCCAUCCUGUCGGCGCAUUCGCAAAGUCCUCCAAAAUAGACAUGAAAGGCUGCAUUAAAGUGCUCCGAGAUCAGCCACCAAACAGUGUGGAAGGUCUUCUUAAUGCUCUCAGGUACACAACAAAACAUCUUAAUGAUGAGUCAACCACUAAGACCAUUAAAAGCAUGCUGCAGUAGCAACAAAACUCUGGGACAAACCACUGGCCUCAAGCAGAUGCUCAGGAGAUGCACAUAACUGUACACUCUCUCUCCUGGACUAAAGCGAUGCACGGAAUGUUUUUUUUUUUUUUUUUUUCAUUAAACCGGCAAAAAAUCAGACAAAAGCUUCUCUAAUCUUUCCUUGUCUUUUUACAAAGCAGAUGCUACUGGCGUUAUGUGUGGUUUUCUGUGCCAAAAUGCUGAAA